UCAUACACAACAUGGCUGACGAGCAGCGAAACAAGUGAAGCGGAGCAAACUUUGAACCACCACUCUUCGCAGUAUGUAUACUUGUAUACUAAAUACCACACGGUUUUAGCGCUAAACGCCACAUUCGGUUCGUGUGCAGUGUGUGACGUGUGCUUCGCUAAUUUGCUGCGUCACAUUUGUUCCUCACACAAGGCGUGGCUGCUGCUAUGUUUUACACGGGGUUCACCUUUGAAAACUGACAAAUUAUAUACUUUUUUAAAAAAGAAAAAACGGUUCUUUUGAAAACUGACAUAAACAAUAUACUUAAAAAACAGUUAUUUGUACGUAGUUAAAUGCCAGAACUGUUUAGUUUGAGCUGCUAAUGUUUCACAAUAAGAGCCUUAAUAGUUAACAAAUAAUUGAAGGUACCGAAACACUACAAUGCUUUUACUUUGAAACGGACAUCACAUCUCACAUGGAGGCAGCCACGUGCACAUUAUCUUUGAACUCAACCUCUUUCCCAGUGCUUUAUCACACUUAUUAGUGUUUUACAAAAUGUCACCAACUUUAUUAAUGCUUUCAAAAACACGAUGUAGUCCAUCAUCUCCUUAAUCCCACUGUAAUCAUAAAUUCUACGCCAAUUUAUAAACUUCUGUUUUGAUGAAACUGUUGUUUUUUUACUCAACGUUACAAUCUUAAACGUCAAUUAGAUUUUUGUACACCGCACAGACCGUGUUCCAGGUAGCCAAUGACCCACGUUUAACAGUCGACAAAGUCAUUUCUUGAACAAGAAAUUAGCAUUUGAGGGAGAAUAUGCUGUUUAAAUGCUGAGUAGUCGCACUGCUACCUUUCAUCCAUGUAUGAGCUGCGUUUCACGGAUCAAAGGCAGACAAGACUCCCUGCCAUGGUUGCCACAGUGUGCCACACCUGUAAAGAUAAAAGUCAACUGCUUGCAUGGGGAAAAAUUGCAGAAAUAGUCUUAGUUCAGAAAACUGUGAAACAUAAAAUGUCAUUGAUGAGCUGAAAGCCAAAUAAAACUAAUAAUAAAGAACAGACAACAUUAGAAAAAGAGGGAGAAGACAAGACAAGAGGCAGAUGUAUGCUGUUAAAGCUACUAUAUAAAGAGAAGAGUGUCAGGUAACCUGCUGUAUGGGCCAUGAUGGAGGAACCACAGACAAGACAAACAUGGAUAUCUGAGCCGUCUGUGAACAGCCACAGACCUGCGUCAGGAAAAUCACAGGAUAUUUCCCAUGUGUUAGCAAGCACUUUCAAAGAGCUCUACACAAGAGACAUCAUCGGGAAAGACACUUUGGCCAACCUCAUCAAGACGAAGAGUGGACAGAACAGCUACCAUGACAAAUAUGUCGAAGAGCUUCAACAGGUUCAUCACGAACAUCGUCGGCACAUACACGAGGCUGACAUGCUGGAGAAUCACAUCAUUCAGGCCAGAGCUAAAGCUGCAGCCAAAGAGAGUCAUGCCAGGAAAAGAACAAAAGGAGAGAUUUGUGAUCACCUUACAGUCAAAGCGGCGCUGACCUGGUGCAUUGACAACGAUAUGCUGGAAAUGAACAACCUCAUCUGCCCUCGGGACUACUUACCGUCACGAAAACCACACUACGCACCGCCGCCGCCAGUGAAAUUGGACCUGGCAAAGCCCACCAUCAGCUUCAGCAUGCACGUGUCCAAGGAGCCUCAGGAUGACGGUUAUUUGCUGAUUCCCAGUCUGGAAAGGACCACCAUGUUGAACGUGAACGAAUCGCAGCUCACCAUGACCUUUGAUUCCACCUCAGAUGCUCUACAGAGGAAGACUACUCACAGGGAGAAGCGAAACCAGGCCAAACCCAAGCCAAAGUGGAAGGGGGAACUGAGCGCCAAGGACAAGGCGGAGAUGAUGGACGACCUUCAGAAGCUGAGAGAGCGACACACGUUUCUGCUCAACCCUCACUUCCUUCCUCCAAAUGCACACCCUGGCGGCAAGUCCCUCAUCCAGCCCUCAUCCAGGACUAAAGCCGCGAGGACGGACCGUGAGAGGAAAGCGACGGAGGAACAGAGCUCAUCCGGUGACAUUGUCCCAGUCUUUGUAGCAAAUCCCUCCGCGGUGGUCUUCACAGACUACAGCGUGGGUCAAGUUUAUGAGACAACACUGGAACUGAGAAACAUGACUUCCUCAUCCCGUCAUGUCCGAGUCAUCCCUCCCACCACUCCAUACUUCUCUAUUGGCCUGGGGAGAUUUCCCGGAGAGGGCGGCAUCGUCGCACCUGGAAUGAGCUGCAAGUACGCGGUCCGGUUCGCUCCGGACUCGCUCGCGGAUUACGAGGACUUCAUCGUGGUGGAGACCCAGAACGAGCACCAGCUCGUGGUGCCCUUCAUGGGCCGACGACCCCCUCCAAUACUCACCCUACCAAGAGUUCUUGACUGUGGCUACUGUCUGAUCGGAGGAGUGAAGUUUGUCGAGUUCCUGUGUGAAAACGUCGGCCUCAGCGCUGGAACGUUCACCAUUAUCCCCAAGAGCCAGUGGCCAACAUCAAACCUCAGGCCCGUGGCCAGAACGUACUUCUCUGAGCAGCCACCCUUUGCAAUCAGCCCAUCUCUUUUUGUGCUGCAGCCGGGAGAGGCCACUGUAGUGGAGGUGGUUUUCUUUCCCAUCAAUGCUGAGAGGAGCUGCCAGGAUUUCACCAUCGUCUGUGACAACUGCCAAGUCAAAGACAUUUCCAUCGAAGGUGAAGGCCAACUGAUUGCAGUCGAGCUGGCGUCCGUGUCCGGGGAGGAGGAGCUUCCUGUGAUUGGGGAAGUGCACGACCUGACGGCAGAGCACUGUGUCCGCUUCAGCUCGUGUAACCCUCGCUCUGUGCAGCAGAAAGUAAUCGCCGUCAGAAACAACGUCCACUUGGAGCUGCCUUUCCACUGGCAGAUCCUGAAGCCCAACCUCCACCCUCUGCUUCCAGGGGAAACACCAAGACAUUCCCACAUCCAGUUUCACCCGGCAACAGAUGAUGCUUUCCACGUUAGCCCCACAACAGGCCUUCUGGGCCCCUGCCAGGACCAAGAGUUCCUGAUAACCUUCUGUCCUAAAGAGUUAAGGGACUACCACAGUGUGUGUCACUUAGUCCUGAGGGACGUCCCACAGUCACAGCCAGAGCCCAGUGAAGCCAGUGGCCUUCAGCCUGUGCGUACUGGCUCCAAGUUGAGCGAUGUCAUCGUCAUGGAGAUCGAAGUCAAGGGCUCGACAGAACCGUACAAGGUCCUGUUGGAGCCGUACGCAAUCAUAAUCCCGGGAGAGAUUUUUAUUUGCACAACAACCCAGAAGAAGUUCAAGAUGUGGAACCACAGCAAGACCUUCGUCUGCUUUCAGUGGGAAAGGCUGAUCAGCAGUAGCCACAUCAUAGAUGUAGAGCCUCCUGCUGGCAGAAUAGAGCAAAACGAGUGCUUUGAUUUCGAUCUCAUCUUAACUGGAGUGGAACCCGAGAGGCUGAUGACGAGCCUUGUUUGCCACAUCGAGCACCACGAAGAGCCCGUCGUCUUGCUCCUGGAGGUCUCCUUCAAGGGUCCCACAGUGACCGUUAGUGUCCCCAGUGUGGACUUUGGGCUCGUGGAACUCGGGGACCAGACGCAGACGAGCCUGCUGCUCACUAACACCACUCAGCUGGAGGCCUCCUGGACGAUGGAGGAAGUUCCACCGGAUCAGCGAGACGUGCAGAUAUCAGUGAAGCCACACAGAGGUGUUCUUCCCCCCAUGGCCUCCUGCAGUGUGGACGUGAUCUUCAGGCCACAAUGUCCUCAGCAGUUUGAAACACAUUUGGAGCUGACGGUGGACAAUGGACGCGGAUGUUGUCUGUCAGUGCGAGCAGAUGUGCAGUCUCCUCUAGUUUGUCUGCUCAACUGUGAGCUGCUCCUCUCUGAAGUCUACGUCGGAGUUCCUGCCAGGGGAGCGGUCACUCUUUUCAACCAGACGCUGCUGCCUUCACACUUCAAAUGGAUGGAUCAGCUGCAGGGCGAGCAGGCGUCCCUCUGCUCGGCCAGCUUUGACCCCUCCUCUGGAACUCUGCAACCUAACACCAGCAUGGAGAUCGCCGUUCAUUUCACGUCUCACACAGACCAGGAGCGGAUCGAGGUGGCUGCUCUCUGCGAGGUCCAGGGGAUGAACUCUCGUCUUGUUCUGCGCAUUCUGGUUCCCAAUCCUCAGACACUCAGUGUGUCUUAUUCGCUGCCCGGUGUCAGCUCCGUCCCAGAGGAUGAGACUCCCUCGGUGCUGGUGCUCGACUUUGGGAGUGAUGUUGUUUUAAAGAAGGCGGUUACAAAGCAGCUACUGAUCACCAACCAAACUGCCAUCCCUGCAACUUUCGCCGUAGAGGCAGAGUACUUCACCUGUCAUGUCUCAAAGCCAAAUAAACCAAAAAAACUAGGGAAAAGCCUCUCUUAUGUUAAAAAGCCGCUUCAUGCCUUUCAAGCUAAGCAAGUGGAGGAAAAAGCACAUGAAGAUUUUGUGAGCAGCCUUUUGGCUCACGGAAAAGGUGCGGCUUUCCUCGUGCUGCCCAACACUGGGACACUGGGGCCGUUCGAGACCCAGAUUGUGGAUGUGACGGCCUACACCGACAUGUGGGGGGAAUACAGAGAUCGUCUCAUAUGCAAAAUUGGGGACCUCGAGCCCACGCUCAUUUCCAUACAAAUGACAGUGAAAGGAUGUCCACUCUACUUCCAGAUGACCGGCCCACAGCUAGAUGACCAGAACCAGGGGCCAAUCAUACAUUUUGGCAGGCAUGUAUCUGGCGGUGACACAGUCUCACGCUCUCUUCGCAUCAACAAUCCCACUAUGUUUGAUAUCCGCAUUGACUGGGAGACGUAUAACGUCAACGACGGCGACCGUAAACUGGUGGACGUGGUGGUUGCGUUCGGAGAGGCCUUUCCGCUCAAAGACGUGGACGGUAACGAGGUGAUGGCGGGAGCGUUGAGCUUUUGUGACGGAGACGUUCAAGCGGCCUGGGAAGGGAUUCGCUCCCCGGUAUCUGAGGGCACGAGCUCCUCCCUCCAAAGCCAAAGUGACAUGGAAGAGGAAGAAUAUCUCGAUGAUUGUGACAGAAAGGAAGAGAGUCUUUAUCCCCGUCCAGUAGAAACCAAACUCAUCUCUGUCCACAUCUGGCCUCAUCUGGGCAGCCGCUCAGAUUAUCCCUACUGCAUUACGCCUCAGCAAAUAGUGAUUCCAGCAAAGAGCGGCACCACUUUCCACGUUUCCUUCACUCCACUGACUCUUUCUAAUUCAGCGAGUGAGUCCAAAUGCGUCGGCUUUGCUCUGGGUUUCAUGAGUCUGGACUCCAAGAUGGCUGCCUGUGUCCCAGGCAGAGUCGGACGAGCUCAGGGUUUAGAUUUGGAGCCCGUCAGGAUGGAUCUGAGUGCAGCCGUGAAGCCUGCAGCGCUGUUAGUGCAGAUGGAGGAGGACAACGGGGUGCUGGACUUUCACGCCUCGGCUGGUGAUUUACUGAGAGCACAAUCGGAGACGGAGCUGGCCGUGUGGGACUUUGACAUCACGCGGAGCCUCCAGCUGAUAAACAACUCUGAGAUGGUCAUACACUUCCGGCUGAAGACUCAGCCUCCGUUCACGGUGCUCAAGCCGCAGUCGCGAGACCGGACCAGCUCCUCCGGCAACCUGACCUCUGCUGACAGCCAGUUUCUGCUGCUGCAACAACAGAAAAGUGUGCAGGUGAAAGUGGCCUUCCACUGCUCUCUGCCUCUGCUGGACCAUGCGGAUCAGACGGAUGAGGACGUCCCACCCGGAGUGACGCUGGUCCACGACGCGGGGAGUGGGGAGAAGAAGCUGAGGUUCCAGCAAAACCUCCUGAUUCAUUACAGCAACAACAGCGUGCAGACCGUGCCUCUUCUGGCACAUCUGGAUCUCUGUACUCUCCGUCUGUCCACACAAAGUGUCAACUUCGGAUCCUGUUAUGUGGGGCACACAAAGACAAAGGAAGUAAAACUCUACUGCUGCGGAUCCCACACAUACUGGAAAUCAGUCAUAGAUGAAGAGGACGUCUGUGUGUUCUGCGUGACUCCAGACUUUGGACUUCUCAAGUCCAAGGCGCCCCACGUUGUCACCUGCAGCCAGUUAUUACGAAUCAGUUUCACUCCCAGUGAGGAAAGAGAGUUCAGAGCCACGGUGCUGAUCCAGUCUCCUCUGGUGAAGACCGACUUCACUCUGCAGCUCCAGGGAACAGGAUCUUACGAUGAAGCGUUCCGGUUGGACUAAAUGUCUCUGCCUCACAGUCAACACCUGCUUCUCAUCCUGCUCCCCUUCAGUUAUGUAAUGUAUUUAUUUUAUUUCUUCCAAGAAGGGUUGACAUCCCACCGGUAUGUGCAGUAUAAUCAUAAUUAAUCCGAGUUCUGAUAGGCUUUAUUAUUUAUAUAAUUUGUUAGACAUUGAUGUGUUGAAACUACUGGUAAAAUACCAGGAAUUCUGUAUGAAUAACUGUAUAAACCAUGAUGUCACGGAUGAAGCAAGAUGGUUAUAAUGUAAAAUAAAAAUAUGAUAAUAAAUAUGA